CCAUGUUAUUUGUCAUUCUACCCGCUCGUUCUAUUUCUACGGGAUUGAUCGGGGCGACCCAGUAGUGUGAGCUUCCUGCUACAUUGUGAUCUUCUCUCAGACUUCCUUUCCUCAUUUCCGAAUCAGUAUGGGGAAGAAUAGCAAGAAUACCGUGCAGACAAUCUGCUGAUGAGGAAAAUGUUGAAUCAAACCGUGAAAUCAUUUAUUUAAUGAACUGUGGGGAACUAAAGGCAAUGGAGUCGAAUAUGGAAUCUGUCCAUCAGUCUUUUUUUCAGCUGACACAAGCUGAACACAAAGGAAUCAGCCGAAACUGAUCUGGUCACUGAAGAUGCUUCAUCAAAUAUUUACCUCAAACACUUUCCACUUGGCUUGCUUUUUGACCAAACCAGAAUGUUAAUGUUCAAGAUUUCAGGAAUUUGGAUGAGUUAUGUUGGUCAAGUUUGUCAGUCCUCUCUCUACCUGAGAUUUCACUUACUGUAUGUAUCAUAAAAGCAUAACAAUAAGAGCCAUAAUGCGUGUCAGUUUUUUCCAUGCUCUGUUAACUGGAGCAAUAAUUUUGAACUUGCUCAUCCUAUAUUAUGUCUCCCGGGCCCAGCAGCAGAUGAUGGAGAAACGUCGAGAACAAGUUAAGGGCUCAAAGAAAGCCUCUCUUCCUGUGCCAGGACUGGGUAAUCUGGUUGGUGGAAGUAUAGUUGGAGGCGUCAAAUUGGGAGGCCUUGAGAGCAACAUGCGUGGCCCUCGCAUCACGAUCCUUGUCCGUGAAUUUGAAGACUUUGAGAACUAUGUUGGUGAUGUUGCUCGCUCUUUUUUGCGCCAGAGACCAGAGUUGCCCUUCCUCGCUGUAGCCGAAAGUCCACCGUACCCUCCUUUGGCUCUUCCCGAGGGAGCCCGGCUCCUGGUGUUGUCGCCGAGCCCUGACCAGCCUCCACAAACUCACCGUCCCGAGUUCAACGUGCAGACGGAAUUUGCUUUAUUAGUUCCAGAUGGUGUGGAGCUGGACCACGGCCGACAAAUUGAGCGUCUCAUUCGGGAGCUGGAAGGAGAAGGUGGCGGGCCGGUCCGACUGGUUGCUGCGCCAGUGCUGACCCGCUCGGCAGUGCAAUGCCUGCACCUUCGGGUGAAUCUGCGGGAAUGGACCGCCACCUACACCCCUGCGGCCUCAGGGAGCAGCGGUAGCGUCUGCACAGCCCUGCAGGGAGACGCCGUGGUUCUUAUCCGUACCGAGGACCUCUUCAAUCUCUCUGUUCCUUUAGGUCGUCCCCUGAUGUCUUCCCUGUUUGUCCAAACAUCUCUGCGGGGAUGGAAGGUCAAGCUCCUGGAGGGACCUUCGUUCUCCGCCAGUCAUCGGCCGCUGUUUACCUCUGCGCACAACCAGUGGAAGGCGGAUAGUCGCCUGAAAGAUGCAACCAAUCACCUCUUGCGCAGCUUUGGCCUGAAGCGCGUGAUCUUGCCUGAUGGACGAGAUCAGUGGUUUGGCUGCAGUAAAGAGACGCCACGAUGUUUCGGCACAGUGCGUGACGACACACCGGAAUACCUUUACGUGGAGCGCUGGACUCCACCCUGCUGCUUGCGCGCCCUCCGAGAGACCACUAAAUAUGUUGUCAAUAUCUUGGAGAGCUCUGGUGUGCGUUAUUGGCUGGAAGGGGGUUCUUUGUUGGGAGCUGCCCGACACAAGGACGUAAUCCCAUGGGACUAUGACGUGGACUUGGGCAUCUACAUGGAGGACGUACCGAAUUGCGACUACCUAAAGAACCUGGACUCCGGCUCACUGGUGGAUGCUAACGGCUAUGUGUGGGAGCGAGCGGUCGAGGGUGACUUCUACCGCGUGCAGUAUAGUGAAGCAAACCAUUUGCAUGUAGACUUGUGGCCCUUCUACCCCCGUAAUGGAGUUAUGACCAGGGACACUUGGACUGAGCACAAACAAGACGUGGAGUUCCCAGAACAUUUCCUGCAACCCCUGGUGCCAAUGCCAUUUGCUGGCAUCACCGCUUAUGGUCCAAACAACCACCGUGCCUUCUUGGAACUCAAGUUUGGGGAAGGGGUUAUUGAGAACCCCCAGUACCCGAACCCUGCCAAGAAAAGGCUGGACAGGAGUCGCGCGUUAGGAUCAUAGCAAGCAGUAACUUGAUGCGACACAAUUGCGCAAUACUGCAUUUCUGACAUUUGAAAAUCUUUGUAGAGUAUUACUACCAGACUAAAUGUCUCGGUCUGUGUCUGAACACUUGAAUGUUAGUGUUUCUUGCCAAUUUUAUUUAUUAUAUGUGUGUGUUG